GUUAAUACUAAAGAUGCGUGAUUGAUAUUUAGAAGCUCCUGAUUGAAACCGCGAUCCUAUCGUUGUUUGCGCAACGAUGAAAACCAAAACAGUUGUAAAUUUCCUGGCCUCUUUAUGUGGUGAGUGCUUUAUUAUUAUUACCUUGGACACCGUAGUGCUCUGCGUACAACACAGGAUUGCUACUUGUUUGACCGUGGCCAAAGUGUAAACAAUCACACAAGUCACAGUCUUAAUAUAUCGACGUAAAGUACAGAAUAUAAAUACCCUAAUACCCAAGGCCUGUUCUAAAACUUUUAAAACUGGUUGAGCAAGAAGAGAAAUCUUUACCGAAACUUUUCAGAAUAUGGGCCAGUUCCCUCGGCUAAUACACAGAAGAAGCAGUCAACAUUUGUAAAGAUGCCGGCAAGCUUAAUUGUUAUUCACUCCAGUUAAAAGUAGUAGGUUGACAAAAUUGAUCUGAGCAAUUUUCUCAGCUUCGUUCCAGAUUUCGACUAGCAGAUUGGCAAUCCUUUUUCACCGACACAUUCGAUUUACGAUUUCCCACUUUGAAUUCAUUAACGCUUUGCUAUCGAUAAGCAGUUUCUUCACCUAUUGAAUGAGUAAUUUUGUAGUAAUUUCUAUAAGCAAUUUAACUGCAAUCGAGAGACUACAGUUAUAUCCACGUUUUAUUAAGACCCAAAGAGGUUUUUCGGUUUCGUUCAUGUCGCGGUUUAAUCAGUUUAAUAUCUUCGAGUGUUGUCGUCGAGGUUCUCAUAAUAUUUUUCUAUCUAAAAAGCCAUGGGGGUAAUUGUACGCACUUCCGCGAAAACUUUGAAGUUGUGCAACACUUGGUAAAAAUAAAUAUUUCGUGGAAGUGCUAAAUUGACGUCAUAAAAUACUGUAAAACAAAAAGGGUUUUCAAUUAAAUUUUACCCUGAAAUGUGCGACAUUAACAAAUUCAUACUAAUAGAUAGCCAAAUUCCGGCUUGAAUAUUCACUCGACUAAUUUCACUUGUCUUUCCUUUCUAUUGUUGUUUGGGCAAGGAAAGUACAUCUGGAUAAAUGAGUAUUUAUUCUAAUUUUGUAGUUGGGAAAGAGGCGAGGUGUUAAGUGGCGAAAGUUGGCGGACUUCUCCACUAAGUACCAGCAGAACCCUGACCGUCUAAUUCACUGAAUAUGCAAAUUAUCAUCCUUUCUUCAUCGCCUUCAUUACACAUUACUGAUAAGAAUUUGAUGUUUACCCCAUGUUAAGAUCGCCAAAAGUAAUCUACCUGGCUAUGCGAAAAAUUAAACUUUGGAGGCCGCCAUUUUGAAAUCAGCUGCUUGAUGUAAAAGAGAAAAAGAACAAACAAAUAUUUAUAAUCUUGAUCAGACAUGCCUUUUUGCAAAAGGCUGACAAUAGUUCGAAAAAUUUCUCUUUAGACGGAAGAAAGAGGAUCGAGACUAUUUCGUCACGGAUAAGUAGCCAGGCCGUUUAGCAAGAUUCAAUAUGGCGGCGUCUGUCAACGAAAUUCAGGCGCUUUUGAAGGCAAAUUUCGAAAGGUUGGAUGCUCUCUGAGAGCUAAAACCGCAGUCAGUGUCAUAACUUCGAACAUCGCUUUUGGAUAUAAAAAAUAAAACGGUUUCAGCAGCAUUUUAUAUACUUUCAACUUGAAUCUAAACUCGUAUUGGCCAUACUAACCUACUGAGCUACUCUCUAAAAUAACGAGUAAGAAUUUUGUUUUGCACUAGAAAUGGAAUGUGUUUAUUAUUUUUUCACACAGCUUUCAUUGUAAUCUUGCAAACAACAAGUUCUUCAGGUAAGUGCAGGUUUAUGAACUACCAUAAAGUUGUCUUUUUCAAAGCCGUUUCUUAUCAAUUAUGUACAGCACCUUGAGUAUCUGAUAAUGCAUUUCCGUUUUCCAUCUCUAGCACAACGAAAGAGUUGCAGCCGUUUUAAGAGCGAUAUCACAUUCAACGCAAAUGGCUCAUCAAUGAUCUUCCAAAGCCCCUCUUAUCCGAGCCGAUACAUUGUGAAUCUCAACUGCACCUACCUGUUUAAGGCCCCAGAGGGCUAUAGGAUUGAGUUGUCCUUCGAUUCCUUUCAAUUAGAAGGUGCAUUUCCGCAAUGUGGGAGUGAUUACAUUGCUGUCAGAGACGGAUCAAGCGGGGAGAGUCCGUUGAUCGGCAAGUUCUGUGGAUCAAACAAGCCAGCUCCAAUUAUUUCUUCUGAAAAUUCACUCUACUUUUUCUUCGUUUCCAAUGAAAAAGAUCCCUUUGAUGGAUUCAGUGGAUCUUACAGAGUUAUUGAUGAAGGUACUUCUAAAUAGAAUAAUUUUCAAUUGAACGUCGAAAGUAAUCAAGUAUUGUUUUGGUUUGCGUUACUUCGCACUGUGAUUUGUCCAGAAAACUCGCGCCACUUUCUCGACCAAUCAGAUACAAAUUUUAGACCAAUCACGACUUGGUCGCCCGCGUUUCCCAGCGCUUUAAGCAAUUUGGUUGUUUUCACUCAACGUUCCCAUUAGUACUUUUUUUUUUUGUGACACCUAGUCGAACAGCACUUUAUAUUAAAGUGCCAGGUGAUUUGUCUCUGCAUAAAAUAUGUUCGUGUGGUGUAAAAUUAACAUAUUUGAUUCAUCAUAUGCGCACAUUAACGCUGCACAAGUUACCGAGUGAUAAGUGCGCAUGGUGAUAACUCGAAAACCUGGGUUGUUGAAUAAUCGCUUUCUUAGAAUCGAAAAGUAACUUUCUCACUGAUCUGAGUAGAAAGAAAAAACCAAACAAGCCAAUAAAAAAAGUCAAAACAGGAAAACAAAACAAACGAAUGACGAAAUUGAAAGAAUAAUUAAGUCAUUGGUGCGCACAACGCAAUCGCCAGAAAUUCGUAAAUAUUAAUGCUGACUGUAUAAGUGAUCAUCGAUUUUACAUUAUCUCGAAGGUUCCAUGGCUCCUGAGGGACUUUAUGGACUUCUCGAUUUCAUUUAAAAUUUUCUCCUCGAGGGAACAAACAGUUAGGGUUAAAGUGCAACCCUGGCUUUGAGUCGAAAACCUUUUUCAUACUUUGAAGUUUUUAGUUCUUCUCUACUCUUCACAGAAAAUUCAAACGCCUUUAAUCCUUUACACCCUAACAUCAGAAUGCAUAUUCUCCAAACUGUUCUUCAUAAAUUUCCUGAGGUGCUGCUAACAAGGAGAAUUUGGUUAACAACAACAGCUUCUUUAGUUGUUGAUAAUUGCCUUUAUUCCCAGGCUUUCAUGUUUGAUUCAGGGGUGGUAAUGUGAGGAGAAUUUGGAUAUAAGUCUCUCUUAGGGUUAACUAGAGGCUUGAAUAUCUCUCCUAGUUGAGAUCGCCAAAUGCACCCAAGGAAAAACAAUUCCCCCACUUUUCACACGGGGGUACCUCACUUCCCCGACGUUUCCAGGAAAGUAUCCGCCAAACAGAGAAUGUUCGUGGACUCUCCAGGCCCCAGCCGGCCACUUCAUGACAUUGGUCUUCCGUGUGUUUCAAACCCAGUGCCCCGACGAUAAAGUUGUCAUUCGAGAUGGUGAUCAAAAUGGCCAGCUGUUAGGUCAGUUUUGUGGUGAGCGUGAACUACCAGUCUUCCGCGGUCGAAAAUUGUGGGUGUCAUUCAAAUCUGAUGGAUCAUUUGCCUCAGCAGAAAAUGGCUUCAAUGCUACUUUCGAAUCACUACCUUGUAAGUAUUCCAAUCGUCAGUGAGGGGCGACGAAACUUUCAUAAUCUGAAUAAAGGGGGUAAGUUUUUAACAUAAAACUGCGGUGCUGCGUCGAUGAGGUAUUAUAAGAUAAUUUGGUUCCAUCAACUGAGUUGAUAGUGUAAAUCAGCCACCACAAAGAGUUUCUUGAGCUGACAUUUCAAGCGUUAGCCUCGCGUCAUUUGCUCUGACAAAGGGUGAACGCUCGGGACAGGAAUUUAGGGCAAAUAUCAACGAUUUAAAAAGCAGUUUCCUGAAGAUAUUUGAAGAGAAACGAGCUUUGAUGUUUUAUUGAUAAGAAAUUAAAAUUUUCAGGAGCCAACGAAAACAAGCUUCUGCAUCCUAUACCAUUAACUUUUGAUUCUGUCUUAACGUAUCUUUUAUGUCGUGGUGUUAUUAUGACUACCUUGAUUUUUUUUCUCAACGAAAACUUUCCAAUCCAUGUAGGUCUCUUUAUUUUUAAACAAUUCCUUGUAGUCGAACGACUUUAUUAAAGGUAAUUAUUUUGCCUGUAUUCAUUUCUUCCUCGCGGCUCUGUUAACGCGAGUUCAAAUCCCUUUAUCGGAAAUGUUUCACCAUAAAUGUUUUCACCUUAGAGAAAAGAUUGAGUAUGUAGUCUGAUCGGUCGAGCGCAGAGAAGUCCUGAUUGGGACUUUUAUUGGUGAUUGUGACUCACGUUUCGACAACCUAAGCGAAAUUCUUCAUCAGAGCCUCUGUUUUACGGUGAAUAUAUCAACUGUUGAAAUUUGACAACAGUCAACAGUCGCCUUCAAACUGCUCUCGCUCGAAUGACAGGGUGUGUGUGCCUUUUUCGCAGUCCUGAUCGAUUUUUUCAGUUUAGGAAGUGGUCAAUUUUUUCGCCCGGGGGGGGAGGGAGUUGGAGAAUUUUGGAUGUAAUACGAUAAAAUUUACCUUAUUCCCCCCUCCCCUCCCCUCCCCUCCCCCAAGACUCUAUAGAUAUUCUUAUGAUUCCCCCGGUCAAUUUUCUAUAGUCCUCCAUUUGGACUCUGUUGACGACGACUGAUCUCCCCUCCGUUCCCCCCCUGAAAACCAUGUGAUUCUCCCCAAAAUCCUCCACCCUCCCCUCCCCUCCCCAUGGCUAAAUCAUAACUGGUCCUUAAUUGAGUUAUUUUUUUGAUGUUUUGCAGUUAAAGGCCAGAUUACCGACCACUGUACAGGAGGAAAAAACCAAAUUAUCAACGCUUCUGUUCCAGGUACCAUUUCUUCCCCGUGGAUACCCGGACUGUAUCCUAACAACAUGGACUGCACUUGGAAACUUCAGGCCCCUGAAGGAAAGAGAGUGAAUCUGAAAUUUGAUAAAUUUGAUUUGGCAAAACCUUGCGGCGCAGACUUUGUUGAAGUUAAUGACGUCACUGCAGACGAUACCCGCUCAAGGGGUAAAUACUGUGGAAAUUUUCCGGACACCACGUCGGCCGGUGAAGAAGUUGACGUGCGGUUUGUUUCCAAUUCUCAAGGACGCGAGAAAGGAUUUGUCAUAAAAUAUGAGGCUGUUAAUAGAGGUAAGAAUUUAGAGAUCAACGAAGGUAUUUAUUUGUGUAAAACUCUCCGGCGGUGAGUACAAGAGCGAAAUAAACUAAGGAAGGUUAGGUACGUACUCGGGCCGAGUGGCCCAUCCAGCCAAGGCUUGUCCAGGUUUCCAUGGCAUGAAGCGCUGGACUAGGAGUAUCACCACUCCCCCCUGGAUGGGAUGCUUGUCUAACGCAAGGUUACUCUCCCCCCCCCAACGCAUUUCAUUAGGCUUCCCUUUACCCGUUAACUCUUUAACUCCCAAGAUCUCAUUAGUAAUUCUCCUUACUGUCUGCCAUAUAGUUCUUGUGAUGUUAGUUUAGAGAAUUUGGUAUUGGAUUAACCAAAAAUCCCCUAGUUCAUAUUUUUCUAUAUUCUCAUUACUAGUCUGCUUGAUAUUGUGUUUAUAUUGUAAGGAGAAAUUCUGUCUUGGUCACUCAUGGGAGCUAAAGGGUUAAUACGCCCGGGUGGGGAGAGGCACGGUAAGAAUGAAGUGUCUUGCCUAAAAACACAACAAACUGAGCCGGCCAGCGCACAAAUAAUUUGGCCAGCGGGUCUCCCACACAAGGGCGAGGUCGUGUUGUAAUAUGAUUUUCAUCUUAAAAGUGUCUCAACGUAGACGCCAUCUUUCAAAUUCGACAUUUCUCGAAUGAGUCAGAUUGCAGAAAGCGCGAGGAUCAGGAGUGUACUAAAGCAAGCGUCAUGGUAAUUUAGAAUCAUUAAUUCUUGGUUUCUAAAUGCAAGCUUGAGCUGUUAGAAUCACGAGUUCGUUUCGUAAGAUCGCUCGCCAAGCUAAGCCGUUUUUUACUGAACGGCCAGCUGAAUCCAAAAGAUUAUCAGAAUUAAAGUCUCCCCCCCCUCAGCUUAAGUUGAACGCAGCGAUAAAAUUAUAUAUUAAUAUCAUACUAUAAGUUACAGAACCUUGUUUUUUCCGCUCGGAUUUAUGGCCUGCGCCCUUUACACCUGAGCUCUAAUUUGUUGUUUCAAGUAAGUCUUUGUCUUGAAAGCCGCGACUUAUGUGAAUCAAGUUAUGCUUCUGAGAGACCGAGCUCCAUUUGGCGUUAUUGAGUUCAAGAUCGUUAUGUUACUCGCAUCAACGGCCGUCAUAUCCCUGGGUUCCCCUGUAAUGAUAUAGCUCCAUCAAUAAUCCCGACGGGUAAAUCCCAACCUACGUAAUUCUAAAAUCUGCCUUUUUGCUUCAGGAUUUCAAUUGGCCUCUUCAAUAAUAGGAUGCUUUGGACUCUACGCCUUCUCAGUUUUAACGCAAGUUUAUUUUAGAAUUUGAUGAAUAAGGACCAACAUCGAUGUUAAAAUGCUUCAAUGACGUCUUCACCGGUGUUAUAUCUAUAAACACAACCUUCUUCUCAAUAUUAUCUCUCAAUUGGCUUCUGCGGUAUCAAGUUGUUCUCCUACAAAACUUUUUGUUGUUUAGUAAAGAACUAAGGGUCUCCUUACAGUAAGAGAAGGCAGACUAAUAAAAUUACUAAAAACCGGUCGUUAUUUAGCGCUUGUGUGUGUGUGUGUGCGGUGGCGGCGGAGGAUUUUGUUGUGUCUCGGUAAACUUUAUGUGAUAUCCCCCUAAGGCUAUGUGAUAUUUUCAUUUUCAUUGACAGUUAAUUUGCAGUCAGUUUUCUACAGAACCCUCCCCCCACCCCCCUAUCAUAAGCUCAAGUUGUUUACGAACUUGUCGCCUGUAAACGAGAUUAAGAUAAAUGAGCAAACUUAUAUUUCAAAUAACAUUACAAAAAGAGGAAAAGCCAUUUUAAAGUUUGCAAUUUAUAAAGUUGUAACAAUUAGACAUUGUACUUACCGUCUUUCAGCCGCCAUUUUGCAAAUGUUGCAAAUUGCUAGUGUUGACUAGUGCCAGUCCAUUCCGAAGUGACGUGAGCUCACGCGAAGCUAAAGUAGUAUAGUUCACGCUAUUUCACGUGAAAGGGAAAGCUGACGUUUGCCGUUUCACGCAGACGCGUCGCUAAAUCUCUCUAAUAGAUCACCGUAGACGUCAUAAUAUGGUAGGAACAUCAGUGACAUACUUAGCUGUGCCUUUUUAGCACUUUGUUGUUGUUGCACUUUUAAGAUGUUGUUUUCAUCGCAUAGAUCAACAAUCAAAAAUUUAAUUUGAGAUCAUAG